CAAGCCACGGGGUCGCCCAGAUAACAGGUUGGCAUGUGUUAAUGCAGUUCAGCCUCAAGCUGCACAGUCACUCACAGACAUCCGGGCAGAUGAUUCAUCUUCUCUUACUGGGGCUCUUUGCGAGCCCGUCGGCGGCGAGUACGGUGCCUGUUACCAUGGGCAACCAUUGGAGUGGUGGAUUCCAGGGUGAUUUCUGUCUACCAUUCACUCUUGACGUCACUUCCUGGAAAGCUCGAAUUCAUUUCAGCAUGCCGACAAAGUCUCUCGAGAUCUAUUUGGCUGACAUUGAGUCUCAGAAUACGGACGGCACAGAGUACGUGGUAGUCAACAAACCAUUCAAUGGAGACGAACAUCCUGGGGACCAGCUGUGUCUGUCUUUCCAAGGACACGCUGACGGGGACAUCACCCCAACGGCUACUGUCGUCCUAGAGAACAUGCCCGACCCCACUACACCUCCAUCGACGACAUCGACCACAACAGCCCCAACUACCACGAGAACACUGGGACCUGGCGAGACGUGGCCCCCAACGACAACACAUCCUCCAACCACAAAGGGCACUCAGCCGUUGCACGUGCCUCACAACCAGACCUUAACAAUGGAGCUGAUCCAGAACAGGAAUGGUCAGUGGGAGGGGCAGUUCUGUGUUGACCUCAAGGAGGAGAUCCAGGCCUGGGAACUCCUCAUGACCUUCAGUGUGGGUGUCACCAGCAUCCAGAACUAUGAAGGGGAUAUAGUUGGAUCAUCUUCAGGCUGCUCCAAACACUGGACAAUGGUCAACCGGAAAGCCAAAGGUGUCCAUUACGCCGGAGACCAUUACUGUGUUCGGAUGACAGGUAACGUGUGCAGUGGGUCUGGCGAUCCCAGCGGAACUGCCGUCCUCGUCGACGUCACCAACGAUGGACAGACGCUGCCUCUUACCCCUGUUGUUACAGGGGCCCAAGCAACCAAGUACAACUAUGCUGAGAUCCUGAUGAAGUCCAUCUUGUUCUACGAGGCUCAGAGAUCCGGGAAACUCCCCCCUGACAACAGGAUCCCAUGGCGAGCUGACUCCGCCCUCAACGACAAGGGUGCUAACGGGGAAGACCUCACUGGAGGAUGGUACGACGCUGGCGACAACGUCAAAUUCAACUUCCCCAUGGCGUUCAGCACGACCCUCCUGACGUGGAGUCUGCUUGAUUACAAGGAUGCCUACGAGAAGAGUGGUCAACUGGAGAAGAUGUAUGAAUGUAUCAAGUGGCCGCUGGACUACUUCAUCAAGUGCCACACCAAGCCUAACGAGCUCUACGCACAGGUGGGUGACGGUGGCGCAGACCACGCCUACUGGGGCCGCCCAGAGGACAUGACCAUGGCCAGACCAGCCUACAAGAUCUCCACUUCCUGUCCAGGCGCCGACGUCGCUGCCGAGACCGCUGCUGCCUUUGCAGCUGGAUAUUUAGCGUUCAAGGAUAGAGAUAGUAGUUAUGCGGCAAAAUUGCUUCAACACGGUAGAGAGCUGUACGACUUCGCCCUCAACAACCCCGGCAUCUACACUGACUGCAUCAACCAAGCCGCUGCUUACUACAGGUCAAUGGGCUACAAGGACGAGCUGGCGUGGGGCGGGGCCUGGAUGUACUGGGCCACCAAGGAACAGAAGUAUCUGACUGCGGCUGAGAACUUCCACCAGAAUGGAUCCGCGUGGGGAUUCUCCUGGGAUGACAAACAGGCGGGAGAAACAGUGUUGCUGUACAAGCUGACCAAGAAGGACAAGUACAAGCAGGACAUUAUCCAGACCUUCCUGGACUGGAUGCCCGGCGGCACGAUCCCAUACACUCCCAACGGCCUCGCCUACAGAGGGCAGUGGGGAGCCAUCAGAUAUGCCAUUAACAUGGCGUUCAUUGCACUGAUGGCAGCAGAAGAAGGCCUCAGUGCUGCGGCGUACAGGAAGUGGGCUAUGAGUCAGGUUCACUUCGCACUGGGAGAUGCUGGCCACAGCUACGUUGUUGGAUUCGGAAAGAACCCCCCUCAACGCCCCCACCACAGGGGAAGCUCCUGCCCAAUGAUGCCUGCUCCCUGUGGCUGGAACGACCAGCGCCAACCGGGCCCGAACCCCCACACACUAUUUGGGGCGUUAGUCGGGGGACCAGACAAGUCCGGGUCCUACUCCGACAAGCGAGAUGACUAUGUCAGGAACGAAGUAGCGUGUGACUACAACGCCGCCUUCCAGGGAGCAGUUGCAGCUCUGAAAUCGCUGUUCUUGAGGAAGCUAUACCCGAACUAAACUCAACAUACUUGUUUACAUUAUCAUGGAAUAAAUACUAUACACUUGUACACUUCUAA